UCAGAAAACAACUCUUUAACCUGAACAGUAAAACAAGAGUUGUAUGUGUGAACCUAACAAUACAGUUCUCUUUAAUGUUCUGUUCAUGUGUUUCAGAUGUUCAGGACUUGGUGCAGAUUAAAGAAGCUCCUGAAGAACAGAAGCCUGAUGUGGACCAGAAGGACCAAGAACACCUCCACAUAAAGGAGGAAGAGGAGGAACUGGGGAGCAGUCUGGGAGCAGAGCAGCUCAACGUGAAGGAGGAGACUGGUGACACCAACUUUUCAUUCACUAAAGUUCCUUUGAAUCCUGAGGAUGAUGAAGAUGGACCUCUGUUCUUACAGCUUCAUCAACACCAAGCUGAAGCCAGAGAUCUUCCAACCAGCAGCUCAGCUGAUAACCUGGAAUCAGAAACUGGAGUACAGUCCUGUGGAGGAGCAGAAACUACCAGAAACCCAGAUCUGAGUACUCAUGAAGAUGAUUCUGACUCUUCAGAAUCUGAAGUCAGUGAGGAUGAUGAUGAAGAGGAUAAUGAUCCUGACUCUCAGCUGAAACAUGUAGCAGACUCUGGGACAAAAGACACUGAUAAAGACUGUGAGACUUCUCCCAGCACGGCUCUUGAAUCAGAUGUAAAAAACAACAAAAAGUUUGGUUGCGACCUUUGUGGGCGAAGUUUUGGUCAGAGGGGACAUUUGAGUAGACACGUAAGACUCCACUCAGGACAGAGGCCAUUCUGCUGUGAGCUGUGUGGGCAUAGCUUUACCCUCAAGGGACAUUUAAAAAGACACAUGAGAAUCCACUCAGGACAGAAGCCUUUUUGUUGUGAGCUGUGUGAUCGAAGCUUUACUGAAAAGAGCAAUUUGAGCGCACAUAUGAAAAUCCACACAGGACAGCAGCCAUUUUGUUGUGAGGUCUGUGGGCGAAGGUUUAACACAAAGGGCAAUUUAAACACACACAAGAGAAUCCACACAGGACUGAAGCCAUUUUGGUGUGAACUGUGUGAGCGUAGGUUUACAGAAAAGGGCAGUUUAGACAACCACAUGAGAAUCCACACAGGACAGAAACCGUUUCGUUGUGAGCUGUGUGAUAAAGCAUUUAUCACAAACACCAGUUUAAAGAAACACGUUCAAAUCCACACACAAAGUUAAACAGUCAUUUGCAAUGACUCCUAGGUGAGAAAACACACAGGUGGAAAAAAAACUGUUUCUGUACACAUUUCAAAUAAACUAAGAUUAUUUUGCUUUUAAAGAGUAACUUA